GCAUCUCCGGCACUCAAACGCCAGGUAGUCCUAGGCAGACCAAAUGACAUAUUCGGACAAUAUGGAGAGGCAGUGUUUGAUGAGCUAUUCUUUUGGGAUUCUUGGAAGCACAAAGACUUCAUCGAUGUGUUCUUUGAUGUCUUCUCAGAGAGUCUGGUGUAUUACGCCUCAAUGGAGCAAGUUCGCGGAAAUUCUCUUCCAGGAGCUGGUAUCUAUGGGACUGUUAACGACAACACAGUUACAGUGAAGGGAAUACUUGGGAAGGGAAUAUUGUUGAAUGGAAUGAACCAAUAUGUGAAUAUGUCCAAUCCCUUUGCAAACAUUAG